AUGGCGAAUUCCAGGAGGCAGAUGGAAGAGAUAAGAGUCCUUCUGCCAUCCCACGACAAGGCCUUAGCUUACAGUAAACUCUUGCACUUUCAAGAAAUCGCAGCCGUCGAUUCUUCUGCCAUGGCGAUACUCGCCGAUUCGUGCCGCGCCAUUCUUUCCUCCAUUGUGUUCGACAUUGCUAACAUUGACGAGGAAAUAGCUGCUCAAGCGUUGAAGUGUUUGGGUUUCAUGAUCUACCAUCCAAACAUCGUGGCUUCUAUUGGAGGUGAUGAUGCUGAUGUAAUAAUCAAGUCACUUGUAAAUGUCAUUUCAGUAACAAGAAUAAAGUCUGUUUGUAAUUUAGGGGUGUGGUGUAUAUCAAUCCAACAGUUCAGUCCAUCCUUGUUGGACCAUCACUUUCAGCCUUUAAUUAGUGCAGUUACUCACGCCCUUGACAACCCUAUUGGUUCUCUUUCAAUAACAUUUGAGGCAAUGCAGGCUGUGGUCAAGUUAGCUUGUUCAUUAACUGAGCAGAUGAAAGACACGUCAAGUUUAUGGGCUCCCCCAAUUUACAGAAGGCUUGUCAGUAUGAACAAAAUGGACAGAGAUAUGUCUGAGAGAUGCUUGCUGAAGAUUGUGCCCUUAAUAUGUCCUCCACCAGUUAGUCUAUCCAAGGCAAUCGCUGUGGAUAUGAAGAAAUAUUUGACCUUAGCUGUGAAGGAGCUAUUGGACCAAGGCAUGAAGAUUCAGAGCCUUCAAGCAUGGAGGUGGUUUAUUCGUUUGCUUGGACCAUAUGGAAUUAAGAAUAAGCAUUUGAUAAAUGAGAUGCUAAAGAUUUUGGAACAGACAUUCUCGGACUUUAACUAUCAAGUUCAGAUCGCAUCAUUGGUUGCCUGGGAAGGUCUUAUCGAUGCUUUAAUUGAGCCUGCAUUUCUAGCUGGCCUCACCAACUCUGCUGUAGAAGAUCAUGUCCAAGUGCUUAAUACUUCUGAAUGUAACAACACUACAAUAAAGGAAGACAGAUACUUGAAAAUAAUUAAGCUUAUCAUGGCACCAGUCAUAAGAAUAAUGUCGAGUAAGUGUGAUGUGUCCCUCCGUGCUGCCUGCUUGAGCACGUGGUCUUACCUACUGCAUAAACUCGAAGCUUCUGCUAACAGUCAAUUAGUGAUAAAAUCUGUUUGGGAGCCUGUUGUGAAAGUGGUCUUUCAAUUGGGACCAGAGAACAAGAACAUCAGUUUGUGGAAUUUCUGUUUAGAUCUCCUCGAUACUCUGAUAUUGGGUGAAAACCAGGGAAACUUUCCAGACUUGUACCACAAGGAAAAACACGAGGCAUCUCUUAAAAACUCUAUAGGUGAUCAUUCGGUAUCUUGGAAUGGCCCUCUGAAACAUUAUCCUAUAAGCUGUUCCCGUUGGAAUCUAUCUCAGCUGGACUUCUUUAUUAAAAUGAUAGAAAAUCUAGUGAAUCGAAAUUCAGAACCAUUUGUUGCAACUGAAUCUGCAAGACUGGAAACUGAUGCUGCCUUGAGGUUGUUUGGUUCUCUUCUUGAAACGGUUCGAAAGGCCUUCCGAUGUGUCUCCAUAAGUUAUAAUGAGGUUAUUCGUUGUUUGGAUACAGUAUUUGGAUUCCUGGAGAGAAUAUGCAUUCUUUCGGACAAUGAGAGAAGCUAUUAUGGUCCUCACACUUGCUUUAUGUUUCUGAAAGUGGUGUCUGAAAAGUUAGAACCUUCCAUUUUGGAAUCUCCUCUCUAUAAAGUGGGCUUAGAAAUAAAGUGCAGCAAAAAGUUAAAACAUGCUACUGAGAUUAAAUGUGCAAAAGUGCCACAUAUCUGCUUAAUGGAUUUCGAGAAUAAGGUUCUUCCGGCCGUGUACGUGGGUACGUUCUAUUUCUUUCUAGUUGCAAACUCAAAUCUGGAGACACCUGAUAAUGGCUCCUUAUUGGAGCAGAUGGAAGGUUACUUCAGAACUUUGUUAUCUUCAUGUGACACUUGGGAGGUUCUGUGCACAUUUACGUAUUUGUUGUACAAAAACGCCACAUUUAUCAGCUUAAGCAUUUGGAGAGUUUUGGUAAACUGUCUUAAAGAAUGCUUAAACAGCAACAAUUACUGUUUUGUGGCAGACAGCACUAGUUCUUCAGUUGUGUUGCAUCUUCUGUCAUAUCCUUUUGCUUUGUGGUCAUGGUACCCAAUCAAACUCAAGUCUCACAUUGUAAUUGAAGCAUGGACCUCUCUUUAUGUGUCUGUUAACCAAGCUUCUCAAUCUCAUAAGGAUGCUGAGAGUUUUUCUGGAGAUCUUUGUGCAAUACUCAAUGAACACAUUUGCCAAAUUGCAUUAGAAUUUGGCACGGGAACCGAUGUUCAACUGGAAGAAGAGAACUGUUGUGGUGGGUUUUCACUGCUGUGUGGGGAUGUUAUCACCUGUGUCUUAAAGGAAUUGGCGCUGUCCUUCAGCUCAAAAAUGAGACAUUGUGUAGAUUGUAAUGGCAGAAAGCCCGUCGUGGUGAACAGUAUGAAUAUAGCAGCUUGGUUCAUGAAGCUGUUCCGGACGUGUAAACGAAAAAAGGACCCAUCCCAUCUCUCCCAGGCAUCAAGGUUAUUUUUGUCGGCAUUGGUUAGAUUCACUGGAUGCCUUAAUGAGAAGGAUGAUGUUCUUACAUUUGUUGAGAUGAUAUCAAGUCCAUUGCUCCACUGGAUAUCAGAAACUGAUCACCUUGAUGAGACUGCAAAUAAUCAGCUUCAGCUAUUAUGGACCGAAAUGCUUAAAGUUCUGCAGCUAAGUAGGCCAUCAAUCACAUUCGACUCUUUAUUCCUCAGAUUUCAAGAACCCCUCCUCGAAAGAGCUCUCGAUCACCCAAAUCGAGCCAUCUCUGAAGCUACCAUUAACUUUUGGAACUCGACGUACGGUGCACAGAACAGUUUAGAGUUUCCUAAAAGCAUAGUUCCUGUACUGGACAAGCUCACAAGAAAUGGAAAAAUCAACAUUUGCAGUAGAAAUCGCGCAGGAAGAUAUAAGGUGACUAAUGCACUAAACAAAUCUUCGAAAAGAGUCGAGAUUGUGGGCAACUUUUGUGAUGAAAUUUAUUCAGGCGUUAAAAGAAAACGGCUGGAGCUGACCGAACGCCAGAAAGAAGUGAGACGAGCACAACAAGGGCGGUCCAGAGAUUGCAGUGGACAUGGCCCUGGAAUUCGGACCUACACGAGUGUUGAUUUCUCUCAAGGGAUUGAAGAUUUAUCUCAAGGUAAUGAUGAAUCACAAGAAAUCAGGGAACCUUAG